AUGGAUUGUGAUGAGGCAAAAUAUGUUUAUGGUCUAAUUCAAGGAUUUGCAAGCAACAAAAGAUCUGAGAUCAACAAUUCCAUUUCAAAUAUAAUGAUGAUUUUUCGCUGUUUAGGUGUAAGAAGAAUUUUUAAUGAAUUAAUUCCAUUUUUAUGCAAUACUCCAGCAUUAACAGAAUCAAAUUGGUGCAAAAUACUGACGGCAAUCAAAAGAAUCGAUUUUUCAAGACUUUCAGAUCAAGAAAUUAUCGAUUUUAUCUCAACAUACAAAUUAAUGCGUGUAGACGGAUCACAACAUAUUAAAAAUCAGCUUUCUGAUCUUCUUUUUGAAGCAGUUUCUACUAUUUCGAAAGAAAAGAUCAGCAAGAUUAUUUUACCUUUUGUUCUUGACCAAUUAGACUCAGAAUGGAUGCCAGAACAGGCCUACGGUCUUACAUUUCUUUCAGUUAUCGCUGAAUUUAUCGAUAAUAACCAAUUUAAUUCAAUAAUUACAGAAAAAAUUAAUUUAAUUCAAUCAGAUUCUAUUGAUGUCAAAAAAGACUUCAUACAAAUGAUAUCUAAUUCUAUUCACCAAAUACAAAAACCCGUUUUGGAUCAAAUAAUUUCAUUAAUUGAUAAAGAAACAGAAUCAAAUACCUCAGAUUUACUUUCAAGAUCGAUAAUCGACUUCUUAAUUGCAUAUGUUGAUCUUACAGGAGACAGUGAAACAGCAAUUGCAAUAGGAGACGGACUUUUACAUAAUGAAAGAUUUAUUAUCAGGCAAAACUACAUUUCAAGCAUUUCAAAACUGUCAAAGAAAUAUUCUUCAUCGAUAGAAUCCAUUUACAGAGAAAUUGCUUUUGAAUCUGAUGUAGAUAUCAUUGAAUCUGCUGCAAAAGAACUUUCCAAUUUCACUGAAGUAGAAAACAUAAGCGAAUACAAGGAAAGAUUCGAAGUAUUCAUAAAGAAUCAAGAACCAUGUGUUAGAAUAGCAGCAAUCUCCUCAAUUUGCUCAAAAUCGAAAAUUCUUGGGUUGGAUUUCGUUUCAAAGGCAUUACUAGCAGAAUUGAAUGAUUCUGAGCAACUAGUUAAGCUGUCUACUAUUAAUGCUUUGAAAAACUCCGAAAUUCCACCUGAAAAAAUUUUAGAUAAAAUUAUUGAAGACUAUUUUUCAUUGGGAUGGCGUGAAAAAGUUAGUAUAGCUCAAUUGAUGCCUUCUUUGAUCGAUGAUAGUCCUCCUCCAAGGCUACUUCCUGCGUUUUUCAUGCUUUUAACAGAUGAUUCGGCCGCUGUAAGGAAUUCUGCCGUUCAAACCUCAAACAUUCUUGUAAGACUCCUUGAUGAAAAAUCUCUUUCCGUUUUACUAGUGCAAAUCUCAAAAUUGUCAAAUCAUCCCGAUUAUCAAAUCCGCCAAUCCAUUGCAGAGCUCAUUGUUGUUGCCGGAUUGAUAGACCAGUGUCAUGAUAUACUAGAACAACUCUCAAAAGACACUGUUUCUAACGUAAGAUUAACUAUUGCAAAGAUCUCACCAUAUGAAAUCAGAAAGCCUCUUAAGAAUGAUGAAGAUGAGGAUGUGAGAGAUGCUGCUAAUGAUAUCUUGCACUAA